CUUCCAUUCCUCCCUUCUUUCCUCAGCGUCCAAACGCAUGGAUCCUUCACAAGGCCACCCCAUCCAGGCCAUCGAACAUGCAAGAUUAACCAACUCCAUUGCGUUGGGCGUGAUCUCAAUCUGGGCAUACGACUACAUCGCCGCCCUCCCUCUCGAGGUGGAGUUGAUCUGGAAGUCAAACUGGGGCCUCGUCAAAUCCGUCUUCCUCCUCGCCCGAAUCGUCUUCCCGAUCCACGCAGCAUUUACUUCAGCGUACCUCCAUUCGCUCGAGUUGACUGCCAAGGAAUGCCACUCCUACUUUAUAGUAUCCACCGUCCUAGGCCUCUUCCACUCAUUCCUAGCCGAAGUGGUAAUAUACCUCCAAGUCUACGCCCUCUCGCAACGCAACAAGUGGAUGGGGAUCUUCCUGUUCGUUCAGUACAUCGGCUUCGCAGCAGCUUGCGCAACACUCCAAGGACUCUUCUUCAAGAGCAUGGAAUAUAUUACGCUACCGUACCAAGGCUUCCACUGCGUCCCGUUCAAACUGAACAACGACUACGCCGGGGCAACGUAUAACGUUGCGAUCGCCACUGAGAACUUGCUCGUCUUAAUCACGCUCUGGAUCGUCUGGCGCAAAUACCGCGAGAUGAAGAGCGCGGUGCUGAACGCUCUCUUGAGGGAUGGGUUGCUGUAUAUGUAUGGGAUCGUAUUGCUUUCUAUCGCGACUACGAUUAUUGCGUACAGAGCACCGGACACACUCAAAUUCGUUCUCGGCCAACCCAAAGGCGUAUUCAUCCACAUCCUCUUCACCCGCCUCGUCCUCCACCUCCGCAGCACAUCAGCCAAAGAAGUGGAUUAUGGAGUGAGCUCCGAAUCUAGGGGGACGAGUCUCACAGCCGUCGACUCGUCCAUCCAUUUUGCUUCGAGGUCGCGGUACAGGUUUGGUGAUACGAGUACGCGGUUUAACGACACUCGGAUGAGCGAGACUAUGGAGAUGGAGACGGGGAAUGUCCAUGGAGGGGUUGUAGAAGUUCAGGGAGGGAAGAAGGGGAUUGUUUUGUAA